AUGCAGACAACCGUCUAUUGGAGUGUUCAGCAAUCGCCUAAAGAGAAGUCAAGCAAGACAAAAGCUGGCCGAACGGGUUGUCCCAUCAAGAACCACUUCCGGAUCGACCUCAAGUGCCCGCGCGGCGGAGUCCACAUCCCAGUCCCCAACUCAAGGAAGCAGCACACCUUAUCCCGGAAAUGCGGCUGCCAGAGCAAGUUCAGCAUCUUUCACGACGUCCAGAGCAACUCCCUCCGAGGCUUGGCUGGAAGGCGAUAUAGGCCCUGGCAAAUUGCCCAGAAAUUGCUGCUAUGCGCGGCCGCGGGAUCAAGUUGGAAGCCGGAAAUCUCAAGCUUGACCGGUUUCGAUAUCUUGUUGCAACCCGAAUAG